AUGAACAAGACGUUACCUAUAACUUCUAGAGCCAAGACUACAGCUUUAAAACAGCCAAAGGAACUAUUCACAUACACAAGAGAUAUUGAAGGUGAAUAUCACUACAAUGCCAAUCAAUCUCAUGAUCAUCUCCCAUACUAUUAUUUACCUGAUAGUAAAGUUGAUACUCGCAUUGAUUUACAGCUGGGGUUUAAAAACUUUAAAAAGAUAUCCGAAGAAGCCAACAUGUCUGAUUUUGAACCAUUACUUAAUGCAAUCAUGCAAUAUGAACGGGAUGAGUUCCUGGAUAGAAUUGGAGGAGAUGUGAUUACAUUUCGUGGAAUCAUGACGAGGUUAAUGUCUAUACCAUACAAUUUACAAGACGCUUUGGAUCUAGUCAUUGUUCCAUUUGAUGGACAAUUGUUUAUAAAUUUCAACAAUGAAGUUGAAUUGAAACGACGUAAAGAUCAAGACGAUCGAUUAAGACAAACUUCCCCCAAAGAGAAGUAUGAAUAUAUCAAAAAAUGUGAAUAUAGUGGAUAUAAAUUUGAAACGGUUGCCACUAUACCUCAUCCUUGGAAAGAUGUACUGAGAAAGUGUAUUGAUUCACGUCACAAGAAACCCGUCAAUAAUUAUGAACAAUUUCUAUCUGUUAUCAAAACUGGGAUAGGUCCUGUUAAAUUAGUUCUUGCUGGGGAAAUCGACUGUUGUUGGGAUUAUAUACCAGAAAAGACAAGUUCCUCGUUACUGCAUUAUGUUGAAUUGAAAACUAAUAAAGUUAUUGAUUCCCCUCCACAAAUACUCAAUUUUGAAAAGAAAUUAUUCAAGACUUGGUGUCAAUGUUUUCUCAUGGGAGUAGGUAAAGUAAUCUAUGGUUUCAGAGAUGAUCAAUUUAUUUUAAGAAAUGUUGAAAUUUAUCAAACUGAAGAAAUCCCCAUGUUGAUUAAAGAUAAUCCAUUGAAUAAUUUGAAACAAAACCAAGCUAACAAGAUCAACUGUACUAGUGCUUUGAAAUGGUAUGGAGCUGUUGUUGAAUGGUUAAAUGAUGUUAUUGAUAAAAAUGAUGAACGUUUUAGUUAUAAUUUGAAAUAUGAUCCAUUGAAAAAGAGUUUGCACUUGAGCGAGACGAGUAAAGAAGUUGAUGAGAAUUUGAGAAAUGGAAAGUUGUUGACGGAGGAGUUUACAAAAUGGAGACAAGGGUUGAAAAAGUAA